UGGCGGCUACAGUGUUCCAGUUUCCUCAUCUAGCCUCAACUGUAACCUUUUCCCCGCCCACUCAAGUUGACACGAGUGUUGCAUGUUUGCAAGCAUGGCUUCAUCUGCUAAGAGGCGAGCCGUAGGUUUGGGUGAAAAUCCCGAGGAAAGUGACAACAGCUCCGAUGAAAACCCGGAGGAUGAUGACGAUUCUGGGGAGGACGACAGCGAGGCAUCAGAAGAGGAGAUAAAUGAGGAGGUAAUGGUGGACUUCGAAGCCCACAACAUUUCUGGCAAUGACUUCAAUGGCAUCAAGAAACUCUUACAACAGCUCUUUCUGAAGUCUCAUGUAAAUACAUCAGAGAUGACAGAUCUCAUCAUUCAGCAGAAUCAUAUGGGAAGCGUCAUCAGGCAAGCUGAGGUGCCAGAGGACAGCGAUGAUGACGAUCCAGAUGAAGUGUUUGGCUUCAUCACUAUGCUCAACCUUACAGAGAGAAAGGGUGUGCAGUGUGUGGAGGAGGUGAAGGAGCUGAUCGUGGACCAGUGUGAGAAGAACUCGUCUCACAACGCGAUGGAACAGCUGGAGCAGAUCCUUAAUGACACCAGCAAGCCUGUAGGGUUACUGCUGAGUGAGCGCUUCAUCAACGUACCUCCACAGAUCGCCCUUCCACUGCACAAACAGCUCCAGGAAGAAAUCGCUGAAGCUCAGAGGACGAAUAAGCCGAGUGGGAGGUGCCACUACUGUCUGAUGAUCAGCAAGACCUGCAAAGAGGCAACCAAGAGUAUUCCAGCCAGAGGACCUCCCAAAGAAGAAUACAUGUUUGUCAAUGCAGAGGAGGAAUUCUUCUACGAGCAAGCCAUCAUGAAGUUCCACUACUCGGUCCAGGAUGACGCAGACUCCUGUUUGAGUGGAAGGUGGUCGUUCGACGACGUACCCAUGAAGCCUUUCAGGACAGUGAUGCUGAUCCCAGCAGACAGAAUGCCUGCCAUUAUGGACAAACUGAAAGAAUACCUAACUGUGUGAACCUCACAAUAAACUAUGCACUCACUGAAGACCUUCAAGCUCAUGGAAAUGGUUCAGUACAAUUUAGAAGAAAAUGUUCAUGUACAGUAAUGCCAGUAUUGUAAACCUGACAUAUUGUACUUAUGUGGUGAGGGUUUCCUUUUUCAGCUACUUUAGAGAUGUUGUUUUUACAAAGUUCUGGUUCACUUAAGACACAAUGCAGAGGGAAGUAACCACAUACUCUGCUAAUUAUAUGUAACUGUUAUAUCAUGUGAAUACGAUUAGAAAGACGACACUUAGUCAUGUUGUCUAUAAGGACUUUUGUGUAUAACAAGAUUAUGAACCAAGACACUUUAGGAUUACAGUUCCUUUUGUAUUAAUGGCCAAAGCUGAUUGGUUGAGCUUGUCAUCCAGUCUCCACAGAUGGAGAGGGGAUGAGUGUGUCAUCGCUUUUACUGAAUAGUAAAGCUCUGUAAACUGAACUACAUACAAAUGAAAUGUACUAUUCUGCAGCUGUAGAUUGUCCUUGAUAUCAUUUGCUACAAAGUUCAAUUUUCACAAAUUUAAUCUGGAUUGUAGUUAUAAAAUGAAACAUACAGAACUCGAUAUUUUUUUUAAACAAAAGCAGAUUAUUGAACGCAGGAUAUUUGUGCUAAAGCGCUGUUCUACUAGACUAUUUCUAAUCAAGGAUUUAUGUAUAUCUCUUGGUACUGGUGGUCAAUAAAUACAUUAUACAUUUG